ACCUGUGCACGCCCUGCCCGGCGGGCUCCCGCUGCCCAGCCACGUGUCUCUGCCCGGGGAGAGCGACGGUGGCUACAUGGACAUGAGCAAGGAUGAGUCGGUGGACUACGUGCCCAUGCUGGACAUGAAAGGAGGCGUCAAAUAUGCAGACAUCGAGUCCUCCAGCUACAUGGCCCCUUAUGACAACUAUGUUCCCACCGCUCCCGAGAGGACCUGUCGGGUAACUCUGAUCAACGAGUCCCCAGUGCUUAGCUACACAGAUCUCGUGGGCUUCAGCUACCAGGUGGCCAAUGGCAUGGAGUUCCUGGCCUCCAAGAACUGUGUCCACCGAGAUCUGGCAGCCAGAAAUGUGCUCAUCUGUGAGGGCAAGCUGGUCAAGAUUUGUGACUUCGGCCUGGCUCGUGACAUCAUGCGAGACUCAAACUAUAUCUCCAAAGGCAGCACCUUCCUGCCUCUGAAGUGGAUGGCUCCUGAGAGCAUCUUCAACAGCCUCUAUACCACCCUGAGCGACGUGUGGUCCUUCGGGAUCCUACUCUGGGAGAUCUUCACCCUGGGUGGCACUCCUUACCCAGAGCUACCCAUGAAUGAGCAGUUCUAUAAUGCCAUCAAGCGGGGAUACCGCAUGGCCCAGCCUGCCCACGCCUCCGAUGAGAUUUAUGAGAUCAUGCAGAAGUGCUGGGAAGAGAAGUUUGAGAUCCGGCCUCCUUUCUCCCAGCUGGUGCUGCUUCUCGAGAGGCUGCUGGGCGAGGGGUACAAAAAGAAGUACCAGCAGGUGGAUGAGGAGUUUCUGAGGAGCGACCACCCAGCCGUCCUUCGGUCCCAAGCCCGCUUGCCUGGCUUCCAUGGCCUCCGAUCCCCCCUGGACACCAGCUCUGUGCUCUACACGGCUGUGCAGCCCAAUGAGGGUGACAACGACUAUAUCAUCCCCCUGCCUGACCCCAAACCUGAGGUUGCUGAUGAGGGCCCACUGGAGAGUUCUCCCAGCCUUGCCAGCUCCACCCUGAAUGAAGCGAACACGUCCUCUACCAUCUCCUGUGACAGCCCCCUGGAGCCCCAAGAGGAGCCCGAACCCCAGGUGGAGCCGGAGUUGGAGCCACCACUGGACUCGAGCUGCCCUGGGCAUCGGGCUGAGGCAGAAGACAGCUUCCUGUAGGGGGCUGGCCCCACCCUGCCCCACCUGAAGCUCCCCCUCUACCUCCCAGCACCUAGCGCCUCCUGGCCUGGCCUGGCCUCCCAUCAGCCGCCACUUUCUAGAAAGCUUUUGUCCCUGGCAUGUGGCACCCCAGCCGCUGGGGCUGCCUUAGGGCUGCUGCAGGGGUCACGACCAGCCCUCUGCCUCUGGGGAGGCCCUGUGAUGGGAGCCAGGGUUCUCCCGGGACACUUAGUUUCUCCAUCUGUAGGAUGGGAGCGCAGGGCCCGGUGACGCAGAAUCUGGGCUUCUGUCUCCCCGGCUGACAGGUGGGGAGGUCGGAAUCCCUAGAGAGAUUCUCGGGGUUCAGGAGGUAUGAAUUAAUGUUCUUCUGUUCAGCCAGCUACUCCUCAAGAAGCUGUAGCUUUCUCCUCGCACUUUCAUCCACCUAAGAGCUGGGGAAGGGACCCUGGCAUCCCUGGCUCCUGGCUGAGCAGGGGCCUGGCCUCGGACAGUGAUGUUCAUCCAGAAGCCACCUCUCCUUGAUGCCAAUCUCCACUUUCCCAGGCCCGAGCUGGUCUGGGGCCAUCCACGCUUCAUGCUGGGGGCUGAGCCAAGUCCAGGACACUCUGGCCCACAGCCCCUGUCCCAGGCACUUGGGACACAUACAAGUGCCCGUGUCCAUGUCUGCCUGGCCCCAUAAGUGCUGGGGUCUUCUUCCUUAUCACCGCCGGUCUUACUCCACCCACCAGAGUCUCCAGGGCCAGGGCGGGCCCCACAUCUGUGAUGAGCGUGUGGAUGUGCCUGCGGGAAAUGUCCACGUGUGUGGAUCCAGAUGCACUUUGGACCUGAUAUGGGACCUUGGAGGAAUUCCGCACCCUCUCCAGGCCUGUUUGCCCUGUUGAAAAAUGAGCAAGAUGGACUCGCUGACUUCUGGUGCCCUGUCGGCACUAAUGUUCUCGAACAUUGCAGGGGGUGGCACCCUUGCCCAGAUGAAGCAAAGCCAAACACUCCAAACCUCCGUCCUAGGGGUCAGCUGGGGUCUGGGGAGACUCCGGACCAUGCAUCACACUCUGGGCAUUCAGAACUAUGUCCCUUCCCCAGACCCCCAAGCAAGUCCCAGAAGGCCAGCUGCACAGAUCUUGACUCGGAGUGACAGCCAGUGUCUUGGAAAGCCCCCAGCAGCUGCCCCAUGGGAAGACCACGGGGCCCUCUCAGACCCACCAAUGACCUCUGGAGCCAUCCUGAGCAAAGGAGGCAGAGGGGGCAGAUCAGACACCCUUGUGCAGUCUGCUCUCCAGCACCUGCUGUCCAAGUCUGUGCCACAGACAUCAUGGACAGUGAGGGCUCCUGGGGGCCCCCAGAAAGUACAAGAAGCCUUUGUAGGGAACCUGAGAGGGGUGCAAGAGGCGGGUACUUUGGGGGUUGCCUUCUCACCCAGUAGCUGCCUGGUCCCUGAGGGCAUCACUGCCCAGGCCCGCUUGCUGCACUCUCUCUGCCAACCACACCCCGGCUAGGUGAGCAGCGGGGGUGCCAGGGGAGCGAGGGCCAUGGCCAAGACUCCUGGCAGGAGGAGAGCCGGAAGUGGGCACGAGCCCCCUCUGCCGGCCCAGGAGAGGGAGGAGGUUCUCACUACGGUACCAAAGAUGUAAUCACCUAGGUUUACAAGUAUUUUUAGGACUCACAUUAACUCACAUUUAUACAGCAGAAGUGCUAUUUUAUAUGCCAUCAAAUUUUCCUAUCUGUGUACUUUUUUUUUUUUAAGAGAAAGAUUUUAAUAUUAAACCUGGUGCUUCUCACUCA